AUGGCGUGCGAGACCCAGUACGCCUCGCGGUUGCCCGACGACGUCGUUCUGGAGAUACUUUCCUUCCUGCCGGCCAAGUCGAUCGGCCGCUUCCGCAGUAUGUCGCGUUCGUGGCGCGCCGAGCUCUCCUCAACGUCCUUCGUCGAGUUCCACCGCCGGCGAGCCAACAAUCCAGACCAGCCCAAGCUCUUCUUUAGCGCCAACUUCGACGACGAGGCAUCCGGUUCCGAAGACGACAACGAGGCAUCCGGUUCCGAAGACGACAUCGAGGCAUCGGACGGUUCCGAAGACGACGACGAGGCAUCGGACGAUUCCAAAGACGGCGACCAGGCAUCCGACGAUUCCAAAGACAAUGACGAGGCAUCCGACGAUUCCAAAGACAACGACGAGGCAUCCGAAGAUUCCGAAGACGAAGAGGGCUACUUCUAUUCCUGGCAGCCCGGUGGUGGUUCGGUCAAGAAGCUCAUGGAAUACGAUUUCUGGUGCCCGGCACCUCUCACCAAGCCUCUCCACGGCCUUGUCCUCAUCCGAUCCGUUUUCUUGGGCGGUCACAACCUCGGUGAUGGCUACGACGUGUGCAACCCUUCCACCGGCGAGUUCUUGUAUCUUCCUGACACCAGGCUGCCAUUGAAGACGAUCAUCCGGUAUUCCAACACUCAAGACCAUCCGCCGUGCUACAUGGACGUUGCGUACGGUUUUGGUUACUCCUCCGUAACACACGAGUAUAAAGCGGUGCGUAUGUUCAGCUCUGGUUACGUCCCCGCCACCACCUGCUGCGAGGUUCUCGUCCUUGGUGUGCCGGCAUGUUGGAGGCCAACGGCCCAACAGCCCCCGGAGUGCGUCGUGGAGGAGCACAACCCCGCCGUGUUCUUGAACGGCUACCUGCAUUUUCUCUGCAAAGAUGGUGGCAUCAUCACUUUCAGUGUCAACGACGAGACUUUCGAUUCGUUGUCGCCGCCGCCGCCCUACGGGAACCCUUACCCAGAGGACGAUGCUAUAGUCUCCAGGCUGACAGAGCUGGACGGGUGCUUAUGCCUGUGCCGUGAGAAGACCAAUGGUGACGGGCCAUACCAAGUGUGGUUGCUGAGAGACCACGAGCCACAACAAUGGGAGCAGCUUUGCUCCUUCGACCGGAGCGUUUGGCCGGAGCCCGAGCAGACGCAGCUGCGGACACAGUGGAUAACUCCACUCACUAUGCACAAUGGCAGAAGCGGACAGAGAAAGAUUAUGUUCGGGACUGGUACUUGCAGGGUGUUCACCGUGGACCUCGACGGCGAGCCUGAGGUGCUGCUUAUUCCGGACGAAGCCAUGUCCGGAAAUAUCUGUGAUAGCAAAGAUUACCCAGCAGUCGGUUUGUGA